GACGUCACAGGGCGGUCCCGCCCGGGGCUAAGCCGGGGAGCGCAUCCCGGCUACUGCGGGUCCUGGGUCUUCACCUGCGGAGCCAUCCGGCAGCUGAGCGGUGGGAGGGACCUGAGCCGCGGCGCUAGGAUGGGAAACAGUGCGCUCCGCGCUCAUGUGGAAACGGCGCAGAAAACUGGUGUCUUUCAGCUUAAGGACCGAGGGCUGACCGAGUUCCCCGCAGACUUGCAGAAGCUCACGAGCAAUCUCAGGACCAUCGACUUGUCCAACAACAAGAUCGAGAGCCUACCGCCUUUGCUGAUAGGAAAGUUCACUCUGCUGAAGAGCCUCUCCCUGAACAACAACAAACUGACUGUUCUGCCUGAUGAGAUAUGCAAUCUGAAAAAACUAGAGACGCUAAGCCUGAACAACAAUCACCUUAGAGAGCUGCCGUCUACCUUUGGGCAACUCUCUGCCCUCAAGACCCUGAGCCUCUCUGGGAACCAACUGGGAGCAUUACCUCUCCAACUUUGUAGCCUGCGGCACCUGGAUGUGGUGGAUCUCUCUAAGAACCAGAUUCGAAGUAUACCUGACACAGUGGGAGAGCUGCAAGUCAUCGAACUCAACCUCAACCAGAAUCAGAUAUCUCAGAUCUCAGUGAAGAUAUCUUGCUGUCCUCGCCUUAAAAUUCUUCGCCUGGAAGAGAAUUGUCUUGAGCUCAGCAUGCUUCCCCAGAGCAUCCUCAGUGAUUCCCAGAUCUGUCUGCUUGCUGUGGAAGGCAAUCUUUUUGAAAUAAAGAAACUUCGAGAACUGGAAGGCUAUGAUAAGUACAUGGAGAGGUUCACAGCCACCAAGAAGAAGUUUGCGUGAAGUUCUCCAGGACUAUGGAAACCUUACAGGAUACUGACUUAGAACCUCUGUUGGAAUGUGGCUGAGUCAAAGCCUCCUGUUGUUAGGGGUAUCUACAGUAAGGAGAUGAUACUCCAGGAGAUUAUAUUUCACUCAAUGAUCCUUUUUCAUUUCAGGGCUCUUCUCAAAUAAGCUAAAAGAAAAAGGGUCAGGAGACAGGAAAAGUCUUCCAUUUUGAGUCACGAGUAGGGCAAUAGACAAGGUUGAUCUUCAAAACCAUCAUUAGUUUGGCUUUAAGAAACCAGUAGCUAGCUGCUAUUUAUAUGGUGAGGGGGUGCUGCCUGGUAACAUAAUAGGUCCCACACACAGCUUGAGAUUUUGUUUAGUUUCCAAUGUGCGAGCUUUCAUAAGUCAGUUGCCAUUCCAUCUCUGUGUUAACACUUCAUAUUUUUAUGAAAUUCAGAUAAUUUGUGAGAGGCUGGCAUGGAUCUAAGGAUUAUUAUUUUUAUUCUAAGUCCAUCAGUUCAGUCGCAGUUUUAUACUAGGACUUUAGGAUAUAUAUAAAUGUGUGACUUUGUCUUGAUUAAAAGUGCACUUUGGGCUGGGCAUGGGCUCAUGCCUAUAAUCCCAGCACUUGGGAGGCCAGGUGGGUGGCUCACUUGAGGCCAGAGUUCAAGACUAGUGUGGCCAACAUGAGAAAACUCUGUCUCUACUAAAAAUUCAAAAAUUAUUUGGUGUGGUGGUGCAUGCUUGUAAUCCCAGCUACUUGGGAGGCUGAGGCAGGAGAAUUGCUUGAACCCAAGAGGCGGAGAUUGCAGUGAGCUGAGAUUAUGCCACUGCACUCCAGCGUGGGUGACAGAGUGAGACUCCAUUUCAAUUUAAAAAA